AUGCCACCCACUCCACCACCGACCCUUCCGCCAACUCCACCACCCACAACCACAACAAUGGCGCCAAUCACCUAUCCUACCGUGCCCAUCACUUACCAGCCAAUCACGCCUACUCCAACUCCUUACUACGAUCAGGAUCCAUGCCAACAGUGUAUGGGAGCAUGUAUGAACGAGUGCGCAGCUGCGGGACAGCCUCAGCAACAGUGUGAAGAGGCUUGCGCUCGAAAUUGUGCAUCAGUGUGCGGUGCACCCAGCACGACACCUUCGCUUUACCAACCGACUACUCAGCAAGUUUGCAUGCCCGCAUGCCAACCAUCUUGUGCUGUAUCGUGCAUCCAAGGACAGCCAGCACAGAUUGUGCUGACUGUAAAUGUACCCGUUUCUGCGUUUUCGCCAAAUUGCCUGCCGCAAUGUCAACAGACUUGCAACGCACAAUGCGUAGAUCAGAAUCCAGCAUCACAAUGCGCACCAGCGUGCGCAUCAUCAUGCGCUAAUUCGUGCCAGUCGUCCGGAAUGAUCUCCUGCCAACCGCAAGGAGCGGGUUGCUCGUGUCCACUACGCUAUCGCAGAUGCAAGAGGACGAUGUGCUGUCGCAGAACAUAG